AAUUUUUUUUUUGUUAAUGGUAAUCCUACCACGAGCAAAAUUAACUUAAUUCAAAGGUUGAAGAAACACUUAUGAUUUUUAACUCAAGGGAAAAAAAAAAAACUUCAAGUCACCAUCUUCAUAGCUUUAUCCUGUGGCAUUACUACCACCAUUAUUAGCAGUAGCAGAAGCCAUAUAUCAUCCAGCUGAAUAUGAUUGGAAUUUCCUUUGUUCUCUCACAUGCUGCUAUGGCUUCCUUAUCCAAUAUCUUGCUUAUGUUUUGUUUGUUGAAUCUUCUAGCAUUCCCAGUUUCAGUUCAUUCAGCUGGUGAAGUUCCAAUUAAUGUGACCAAGCACUUUUCUUUCUACAACUUCAGCUUCAGCAACAACCCCAGAUUAGUCCAUGAUAUGAAGCUCCUAGGCAGUGCCAAGUUCUCAAAUGAAAAGGGUGCUCUUCAAAUCCCAAAUGAAUCAGAAGAAGACAUAAGACACCAAGCUGGAAGAGGCAUCUAUUCCUUCCCAAUUCGCCUGCUGGAUCCAAGCACCAAGACUCCAGCUUCAUUCCAAACCACUUUCUCUUUCCAAAUGAACAAUUCCACUGCCUCUGAGCAAGCUGCUUAUGGAGGAAGUGGCCUCACUUUCAUCAUUGUCCCUGACGAGUUCACCGUGGGAAGGCCGGGACCGUGGCUCGGCAUGCUCAAUGAUGCUUGUGAGAAUGACUAUAAGGCAGUGGCAGUGGAAUUCGACACGAGAAAGAACCCGGAGUUCGGAGAUCUGAACAACAACCAUGUUGGCAUCAACUUAGGUACCAUAGUGUCUACUAAAGUCAUUAAUGUUUCUGAUGUUGGACUGUCCCUUAAUGAUGGUUCUGUUCACCGUGCUUGGAUCACCUAUGAUGGCCCUCAAAGAAGAAUGGACAUUCGUCUUGGAAGGGCAAACCAAGAGGAUUAUGAUUAUCCUCCAAAACCUCUCUUCUCAGAAUCUAUGGAUCUCUCUCCUUUUCUGAAUGAGUACAUGUUUGUAGGGUUCUCAGCUUCCACAGGUAACCAUACACAAAUCCACAACAUACUCUCUUGGAACUUCACUUCCACAAGCCAAGCUUUUCUUCGCUUGCCUUCAUCUGAAACCUGCCAGGGUAAGAUCUUACUUGAGAAUAGCACUGCUUCCACAGAAGUACCACCAACUUCACACAAGUCUUCUAAGAAUGAACCACCACGAAGCUUUUUGAUUUUCGUGGCUGCUGUGGCAUUGGCUCUGGCUCUUUUCCUUGGCUUUUACUUUAUCAGCAAGCACAGAAGAAAUGCUGCUAAGUUGAAUACUUCAGUGGAGGCAGAGCUUCACAUGCCAAGGCCUCCCAACAAGCCACGACGCUUCGCCUUUUCUCAACUUUCAUCUUCAACAAGGUCAUUCAGUGAGAUAGAGUUGCUCGGCAGUGAUAAUAGAGGAGAGUACUACAGAGGGAAGCUUUCUAAUGGCAGCCAGGUGGCUGUGAAAAGGUUCUCAGCUCAGUUUCUCAGCACACAUGGAUCGGACAAGAAGAGAUUGUUGAAGGAAAUCAAAGGCGUUAGCCACGUUCGCCACCCGAAUUUGCUUCUGGUUAGAGGGUGGUGUCAAGACAACCAUGAAAUCAUGGUGGUCUAUGACUUUGUCCCCAAUGGCAGCCUAGACAAAUGGCUAUUCGGGGCCGGUGUUCUUCCGUGGACUCGACGUUUCAAAGUUAUUAAAGAUGUAGCUGAUGGCUUGAGCUUCCUCCACACUAAACAACUAGCCCACAAGAACUUGAAAUGCAGCAGUGUGUUUCUAGAUGUCAAUUUCAGAGCUGUUUUGGGUGAUUUUGGGUUUGUGUUGAUGGGUGCAGAAUCAAAACACUUUGAGUCACAAGUGUGCCAAGGUGCUGAUGUGUUUGAGUUUGGUGUCCUUGUGUUGGAAGUGAUAGCUGGAAGGGUAAGGGAUGAGAAAGAGGAGGGAAAUCCAGAAGAGAGGAACCUACUGGAUUAUGCUUGGAACUUGCAUCAGAUUGAUGAAAAGGUGAAGCUGGUGGACAGAAGGAUGGGGUCAUUGAUCAACUUGGAGCAGGCAAUUCGCGUUCUCGAAAUUGGGUUGCUUUGCACUCUAAAUGAGAACAAAGGAAGGCCCUCAAUGGAACAAGUGGUGGAGUUUCUUCUCAACAUGGAUAAGCCUAUUCCUGAGCUGCCAAGAACUCGCCCUGUUGCCUUGUUCCCCUAUAAUAGCGCCAACACAGGACUUUGUAAUGCAUAUUCUUGCACUUUUUAAGUGGAGCCAUGCAUGACGUUGCUGAAUGAUUAUGUGGGAGGUGUAUGAAUAAAUGUGAAAAAAGACUAUUCUUAGGCCUGCAACAACGGAUUGAUUUUCCAAAUGCUGCAAGUGCUUAAAGUGCUGUGUAUCUGUGAAGAUGGUAGAUAAAUGUUAUAUUGUAUUAGCCUUGGGGAUUCAGUUUCAGUAUGCUUUACCAUCACAGCCUCGAUGUAGGAUUAUUUGUGAUUCUGUUUAGGAUCCUCUUGUUAUAUGGCAAGUGAAAGAUGGUUGAUAAUGGUGAAAAGGGAAAGUAGAGUCAAUCUUAUUAUUGUUAUUAUUAUUUAUAAGGUUAAAUUAUAUGAAUCACGGCUCAAUUGUUCUCUUC